AAUAUGUAUAUAAUAGUGUGAGUACAUAUGACCGAUUGACCUUCCAUAGUUUCCCAUAAUCCCGCGCUAGCUACGUAUUUCCGGUUAAUCACACUUUAAACCUUUAUGGUUUUUGGGAGCGUCGGCGAAACGAGAACAAAAUGCUGGCCACCAGAGCCCUUAGCCUUGUUGGCAAACGUGCCAUUUCCACAUCAAUCUGUGUACGUGGGGGACAUGGUGUUGCCAAGGUAGACGACUACGCUCUCCCAGCCUACUUUGACAGGCGGGAGAACCCCCUCCCAGACGUCCAGUUUGUGACAGAGCUCAGUGCAGUGCAGAAGUCCUUAAAGGAGAAGGAGAAGGGCUCCUGGGCCACACUCUCCAAUGAGGAGAAGAUUGCAUUGUACCGUAUUAGCUUCAAGCAGAGCUUCGCAGAGAUGAACGAGGGCACAAAGGAGUGGAAAUCGGUUAUCGCAGGAAUGUUCUUCUUUAUUGGCAUGACAGGACUGGUUGUCCUAUGGCAGAGGAAGUUUGUGUACGGACCUGUCCCCCCCACCUUUGAGUCAGAAUGGAAAGAGAAGGAGGUGCAGAGGAUGCUGGACAUGAGGAUCAACCCGGUGGAGGGCUUCUCAGCCAAAUGGGACUAUGAGAACAAGGAAUGGAAGAAGUAAACCAACCAUCCAGAGGACCAUGUUACAUAUACCAUGACACCAACAAACAUACAAACAUACCAAUUACUUGUCUGUAUGUAUCUAUUGUCCACAUUACCUCAGUACGUUUUGGAAGGCCUCUUCCUCUUAAGGUUAUUAUGUAUUAUAGAGCAAAAUAAAGUUCCUAUGUUUACCCAA